CCUUGAUACUGGAUUGCCUCUUGUCUCACGCAAAUAAAAAAUGGUGGUUACUGAUCGUUCUGUAAAGAAACUUUAACUUAAAAUGUAUAGAAUUCAAAUGGUUGUGAUAUCUAGUUCUGAUUUUGUAUAGAAUAUAAGUUUAGUACAGCAAGGAAUGCACAAAUAGGAUAAUAUGCUCAGUGGAAAAAGAUUUUUAGGCAAACUAAAAAUAAUAGUGUAUUUUGCUAAAACAUGUGUGUGUAUAAAAGACUCUAUAUAAUGCAAUUAAUGCGUACAAAAAGUUUAACUCAGUCGCGAUAUUGGAUUAAAUAGGAAGUGAUGUAAUCAAUAAACAUGAUGCCCUCAACAGAAAAUAAUAGGCACAUUGUGCAGGUGUACGUAGGUGCCCUGUCUGCCCUUUAUGAAGCAUUGUCUGUGGAAGCCAGUAAGCAGACAACUUCUGAGGAAAUAGUGUCCUGUAUUGUAGAUAGGCUAAAUUUAAGUGAACAGUCAGUUUAUGAAAUUGCUGAAGUGAUUGGAUAUGACUUUGGACAGGAAUGCAAGGAGAGGAGCCUGUCCCCGACAGAGAGCCCAGUUCAGCUGAUGAUGUUAUGGCCUCAAAAUAGAUCAGACAAUAUUUCAUACAGGUUUUAUCUUAGAGAGAAGACCAAUGAUUUUGGCUGUUAUGAGAAUUAUGUGAUGGAUCCCCAGUUGAUCAAAGACUAUUUUCAUAGGUUUUUAUAUCAGCCCAAAGACAGAGAGUAUCCAGAUUUAUGUCAACUGCCUGACUUAAAUGAACUGACUCUCUUGGACAAUCUUAGAGCCCGUUUUGUGGCUGGGCACAUCUACACCUAUGUUGGCUCAAUACUCAUUGCUCUCAACCCAUUUAAGUUCUACCCUAUAUACAAUCCAAAGUAUGUAAAAUUAUACCAAAACCGAAGACUCGGACCAAAUCUGCCUCCACACAUAUUUGCUGUAGCUGAUACAGCAUACCAUUGUAUGUUAAAGGACAGGAAAAAUCAGUGUAUUGUUAUUAGUGGUGAGAGUGGCUCAGGAAAGACUGAAAGCACUAAUUUUCUACUGCAUCAUCUAACUGCUCUAAGUCAGAAAGGUUCUCAUGGUAGUGGAGUUGAACAAACUAUUUUAAGUGCUGGACCUGUUCUAGAAGCCUUCGGAAAUGCCAAAACUGCCCAUAACAACAACUCAAGUCGUUUCGGGAAGUUUAUCCAAGUCAACUACAAGGAAAAUGGCAUGGUGCACGGCGCAGUCGUGCAAAAGUAUCUUCUGGAAAAAUCAAGGAUAUGUUCGCAAGGUAGAAACGAACGUAACUACCACGUGUUCUACUAUCUACUGGAAGGUGCCAGCGUUCAAGAGAAAAAAACCCUCCAUCUAAAAUCGCCUGAUCAAUAUUACUAUCUAAACAAAUCUUGCUUGGCAUUGGAUAAUGUAGAUGAAAACUACGAGUUUUCAAGACUGAAACAGUCGAUGGAAAUGGUGGGAUUCACGCCGGAAAAACAAAGAAGACUUUUUUCUGUUUUAUCUGCCGUUUUGCUUUUGGGCAAUGUUGAAUUCCAACCAAGGAAGUCGGCUUACCACCAUGAUGAGGCGGUUGGGGUUAAAAAUCCAGAGGUUGUGGCAUUAAUCUCGGAACUGCUAAGAGUAAAGCAAGAAACACUCAUGCAAGCAUUGACGGCCAAAAGGGCGAGAGCUUCUGGCGAAACUCUAGUUAUUAGCUACAGGUUACCCGAAGCUAUAGCUAGUAGAGACGCGAUGGCCAAAUGCCUGUACGGCGCCCUCUUCGACUGGAUAGUCCUCCAAGUUAACCACGCGCUACUUUCUAAGAAAGACACUUUGAGAGAGCACCAGGGCAAUUCCAUAGGCGUCCUGGAUAUCUUUGGGUUCGAAGAUUUUGGUGUUAACAAUUGCUUCGAGCAGCUGUGUAUAAACUAUGCGAACGAACAUCUGCAGUACUAUUUUAACCAGCACGUCUUUAAGUAUGAACAGGAGGAGUACAGGAAAGAGGAUAUUCGUUGGAAUAACAUCGAUUUUAUGGAUAAUACUGGUUGUCUACAGCUCAUUGAGGGUAAACCUCAUGGUUUACUGUGUUUAUUGGAUGACCAGUGCAACUUUCCCGGAGCAACACACGAAACUCUCCUUCAAAAGUUCAAUACCGUCCACAAGGACAAUAAGUUUUACAAGAAGCCUCAAAAGAAAGAGGCCGCCUUUAUCGUGGAGCACUACGCCGGCAAAGUGAAAUACCAAGCGACCUUCAUGAGGGAAAAGAAUUUGGACUUGAUGCGUCCCGACAUAGUGGGCGUGCUCAAGAACAGCUCGAUGGCCUUCGUGAGGGAGCUGGUCGGAGCCGAUCCGGUCGCCGUGUUUCGCUGGGCAAUCGUGAGAGCGUUCUUCCGGGCGUACUUUGCUUUCCACGAAGCCGGAAGGAAGCACCGACAGGGCAGGGUGGACGGAAACAAAAACAACAUCCAACAAAGAUAUCAGCGAAACCACAUUCCGAACGAAAAUCUUAUAAGCAAACAACGAAACACGCUGUCGUUUAAUCGAAUCGGCCGCAACAACGAACACGACGUUCCUAGCAACAACAAUCGGCUCUCAUGGCCGCAACUCUAUCAACGAAACAGAUCGACGAACAACAAUAGCAUCGCUAAAAAUAACAGCCAGGAGGAGGCGAACAGACGAAAAGACGCGAUCACGACCGGCAACAGCCCGAAGUCGUCCGGCUUAGAGAGGGUACUGUGUCCGGACGAGGCACGGGCCAUACAACGUGCCAAUCAGAUUGUCAUGUAUGUCGGUGGGAUACUACAUCUAAUAAGUGCAGGGAAGAACAAAUCUUUCCGACCACGCGAACGCAGCAAAAAAGGCCUGAAAAACUUGCAAUCCGUAAAAACCCUCGCAGGUCGCACUGGCAUGACAGCAACCAAUCAAGGCCAGCUGGGCAAAGCCAGAAAACAACCGAUGACUGUCACUGCGCAAUUCCAACAGUCUUUGCAUUCCUUGAUGGACACCUUGAACCAAGCAAAUCCGUUUUUUAUUAGGUGCAUUAAAUCGAACGCAAACAAAAUAUCCAACGAGUUUGACGACGAAACUGUGCAAAGGCAGUUGAGAUACACGGGGAUGCUGGAGACUGUUAGAAUUAGACAGGCUGGGUUUAAUGUGAGAGUCACUUACGACGAGUUUAUUCAACUGUACAGGAUUCUUUUGCCAAAAGGACUGCUUAGUUCUCAAAGCGAUGUUAGAGAUUUUCUGGCCAAACUAAACCUUAACAGGGACAACUAUCAAUUGGGUAAAAGUAAAGUUUUCCUCCGCGAAUCGGAAAAAAUCAAACUAGACGGCAAACUGCACUCUCAAAUAAUUGCGAGUAUAAUGACCCUUCAGCGUUGGUUUAGAGCCUGUUUGGACCGUAGACGAUAUUCGAGAACGAAACAGGCUGUACUAACCAUACAAUCGUACUACAGAAUGUACUUGGCGCAGAGAGAAUACAAACGACUUUUGUCCGCAAUCAAGAUACAGCGAUUCUGGCGCGUCCACAAAUGCCAAAGCGAAUUCAACAGGGUAAAACAGGUUGUCGUUGGGCUACAAGCGCGCUGUAGAGGAUUUUUGUUAAGGAACAGUAAAAUGUUUCAGAAAAAUCACGAUACCAAAAUUUCUAAGCAGAUUGUCAGUGCUCUUCCUCCACACUUGAAAGUAAAACAUGGAAGUUCCGAUGAAGCAUUCAUUAGCAAAGAAUCAAGUCAGGAAGACUUGGGGAUAGAUCAACACUAUAAUAGAAGAGUAUUUUGUCUGGACUCGGAUGAAAGCAGUGGAAUACAAGAAGACGACGUGGACACAACAGCUCACUACAAUAAAACUACCUUGCGAUCGACUUUAUCCUUGCCAACUGUAACUCCUGGUCAUAAACAUACUUACUACAACUAUUUUCCAGUUAAUAGGGAUGAUGACACAAAAUCGGAGGAAAAGGUGCCGUUGAGCGAAAUUGCAUGCGCACUAAGGAAGAAAAUCGUACAAACGAAAACAAUCGACUAUUCAGACCUGGAUUACAGGCCGAUGCGCAAGGGUAGCGGAGACUCUUUGUUGUCCCAACGUAGCUUGGAAUCGCAGCAAAGUUCCGACUCGCAGACAAGCGUUACAGUACGCGAAAGUAUUCAACCGCAGCCAAAAUUGCAGAAACAAUCCACCAGCACGACCAGCGAGACAUUUUCGGAGAGCGGAGCGACCCAGUCGGCACCGCCGGUUAUUAUGGAGAUGUUCGACCCACUGAUGCCGCUGGAUAGUACUUGCAAAUACGUCCCUGUUAGCCGGACAUCAAUUACUAGAUCAACUUUUGAAACGAAAAACUUAAAAAGUUUCCCGCCAAUCAGACGAUCAAAAGAAAGAGACAAUAAUUUUCUGCCACGACCUGAUGUAUAUCCAUUCGAUAAGUCGCCCAACAAAUCAGAACAGAUAUUGGGAGUGCCUGAAGCUCCGGUCCGAAUCACAAGAAAAUCUAAACGGGGACACGUUAAGAGCUGUGGAGAGGAAGUUACCGACAGCAUCAGUUCCACGUCGGAAAACUUUCCGUUUUUGUCGACUAUCGACGAAUCGAAACCUUCUCACAACCGACUUUUGCCGGAAAAUUUAUUGAACAUAACGCCCAAAAGACAACGUCAAAAUGUACCCGAUUUGCGCCGACGCAAUAGCGACCCGGCCACCAAACUGAUGGUCAACGAUCAUCCAGCCGCUCUGGACACCUCAGCCACCCAAACCAAAAACGAUUACAAGUAUGUGAACCCGAACACCUUCGAAAUGGGAGGACACGUUUUUAGAAAGGUAACCAGGGCGCCGAAAGACGACAAUCAGUGCGCGUGCUGCCAAGAGGAGUUGGAUACUUUCUCAAAUCCCGGCUACAAGUGCAAUUACUGUAAGAGGCUGGUACACACCAAAUGCAUACAAAACAAAGUUCUUAAAGAACCCUGCGUUGUACAAGCAAGACCAGGCCAAGAUUUCGGAAAAUCCAGCCGGCGGAAAAUCAGAAAACACUCCAGGGCGCCAUACGAUCUUCAAAAGGCUGAAGAUAGCAAAUUCAAUCUGACCAGAACGUCUGAAUUCACGGAUCGUGAGGAUCGCAUCAUAAACGGACCGGAAGAGAUGAAAAUGAUGACUCAAUUUAUAACGGAUAAAAUAAUGAAAAUCGAUGGAGACAACAAAAAAUCCAGCGAUGUCGACAAAUUGUUCAAACAUGCUUUGAGGGAGUUCAAAGAUAAUUUGGUGUCAAUGUAUAGUGUAAAACACGGUUUUGACGGUUUUAAUGUUCGCUACAAGGAUUUGAUAGAGAUUUUCAAUAAGGCAAUGGAUACAGUGUGCCAAAAGGAGGAAAAGUCUAAUCAAUGCACAGAUUUUCCGGUUACGAUGGGCGUGAAUGCUUUUAGAGGUUAUAUGAACGAGUUUAUGUCGUCGAGGGCGGAAGAGAAACCAAGCAAAGUAAAACGAAAAAAGGAGAAGAAACGAAAAUUUGAAGUGACGAAAUACAAUUCGCACACAUUCCACCUGACCAUCAUAAAUAUACCGACUGCUUGCGAAAUUUGCAGUUCCUUUUUUAUGUGGCCAUUAGAAAGAGGUCUAGUCUGUCAGUCAUGUAAGCUCACUUGCCACAAGAAAUGCUACAGGAACGCGAUGCAAUGCAAAGAUUCCAGCCUUAGAGGGGAAACGCGUAAAGUUUUUGGUGUGGAACUUGAAAGGCUGGUCAACGAGGAGAACAGGAUUCCAGCGGUGAUCGAAAGGCUCUUAAAGCAAAUCGAGAUAUCUGGUCUAUAUACAGAAGGCAUUUACAGAAAGUCAGGAGUUAGCUCUAAAAUUAAAGAACUGAAAUGUAGAUUGGAAGAAAACGUUGAAACCGUUGAUUUUUCAGGUUAUCACGUGCACGUGUUAGCGUCGGUUUUUAAGAGCUUUUUGCGUGAAAUGCCUGAGCCGCUUCUCACCUUUGACUGCUACGAGAACUUUAUAACGGCCGCAAAUUUAUCCGCCGACACCGAUCGGAUAGCCACGCUUUAUGACAUACUGAAAAAACUCCCGCCUUCGAACUACGAUCUGAUGGAAAGGCUGAUGUUCCAUCUGGCUCGGAUUGCUCUGCACGAGGACACGAACCGGAUGAGCUCUGCCUCGUUGGCGAUCGUGUUCGCGCCGUGCGUUCUCCGAACAAACAAAUUGGUGCCGGCGCAGGACUGUCUGCAAGACAUUAACAGCCAAACGCGGUGCAUCGAGACCAUCAUAGGAGCGCAAUUGGCAAAAGUCAGAGCUACGUUGGACGAUAUCGACACCUUGGACACAGCCUGUCAAGCGGCCACAAAAAGGCUCUCUACGUUGAGAAGUUCCAAGGUGUUUAGUCCUGAGGAACUUGUCACAAACAUGCAACCUUCGCCGCAAUCCACUGAGGACGAGGAGCACCUUCUCGUCGACCACAUAAACGAAAUUCAAAAGGAAAAAGAGCAUCUCACGUCGACGUUGCCAACAUUAACGCAUGCCACGUCCGACGACGACAUGCUGUCGACGGACGACGGUAGUCAGGACGAUUUGACGUCUAUAGGGGAGGCGAAAAGGGUGCGCGCGCCCGUAGUCAGGUCAGUAUCGAGCAGCGAACCGAGGAGCGCAAUACCUCCCCCGAGGGUCAUGAGGCAACUUUCUUCGGACAUAAAAACGGUGGCCGUAGAGGACGUGGAAGAUCCCAUCAUGGUGUAAAAGGUUGCGUGGACAAGGGUUAAGGUUGGUGUUGUUGGAAUGAGAGAUUUAAGGGUUCGAAAAAAAACGAGAAAAAUUGGAAAAAAGCGUUUAUUUCUGGACCAUUGAAAAAUUAUCGAAUCAAAACUGGGAAACUGAAAAUAUUAUAAUAUAAUCAUGAUAUCCUCAAUGAUCCUGCAAAAUGUCGUAUGAGGCUUUUGUGUGUAACUUUUCAAAUAUAAACGUUAGUCAUCUAAAAACCUAGAAGGAUGAAGAAAUAGAAAAAUUUGGUACAAAACAAUUUUCAUUUCUAGGUUUUUAGAAAAGUACAUAUAGGCCAGUAAAAGGGUAAAAAUUUUCAGAGCGUAAAUUAAAUAAUAUGUAUACUGGUUUUCGGAUUGAUCUGCGACGCUAUAACAACUUGAAUAAACACCUAACGUUUUGAACCGUUUGUCCACACAGAGGACAACAAACUUUUAAAAUAUAGCGUAUUUUACGAGCUACAUUUUUUAUACAACUUAUUUUUCUCACUGAUGCGUUGUUGCAUAAAUAUAUGCAAAACAAUUUUUUUUCAAGAUGGCGCGGGGGUAGUUCGGAUCAAUCCGAAAACCAGAAUAUAUACUAUUUAAUGUAUGCUCUUUUGAUUAAAAUAAUAAAAUUUUAACCGGUAUAAAAGUAUUUGGUCAACAUAGGCUUUUAUUGGCCUAAUAGUACUUAACGGUUUUUUGUCCUCUUGAAAAGUUACAUACAAAAGUACAGUUCUAACAACAAUAUAUUUUGAAUAUAGUCGCGCCAAUUCGUCAGUAUCGUAAAAUGCAUUUUAUCAUCUAAAUAAUUAAAAUUGAAAAUAUUUCAACUACUAAAGUUUAAUACUCUAAAGCAUGCUUGGGAAUUAAAACACUUUUUUCUAGUUUAUAAAAUUUUGAUAAUUUUUCAAAACCGUUUUUUCGAAAAUUUUAAAUCUCUACUUGAAAUUCAUAUUUUCCAAAAAUGCCAUUAAAAACCCAAAGUUUAAAUAAAGUACUAUUGUGGUCAAUGAUUUCACGAAUGUUGUGGAUCCGUUUAUAGUGUAAACUAUGUGUAAAUAAGAUUUGUAAUUGUACAUAACUGAACCUUGUUAUUUUAUGUAAGAAUAUAUAUUUUUUAAAUUAUUGUGUGAUAAUACCCGCUAGUUGGACUGUUAAUUCUAACGGUGUUACAGUUUAUGUAACUGAAGAAACUACAAAGCUGAGAUUUAACAACUUUAAGCGGUAAAAAUAUAUUCCGUACAACAUAGGUAGACAUUUUAAAAUAAAAAGGGCUGUGCCAAAAAGUAUUUUUAUUGGUUUAAUAAACUUGUAAACACUUGGUUUUCCAGUCCAAUCAGCCUUCCACCCACACCUAAGAACUAUUCUUAUUGUUUUUCUGUAUGUAUUUUGCUUUACAUAAACCAACUCCAAAUGAUAUGAAUAUAUUUAUGUGAAAAGGUCAUGACAGUGUAAUUUAUAAACAAAAAAGUGUGUUUUAAUUAAAUAGUUAAACUAAAUGAUGAGUUUAGGCUAUCAAUCAAGUUACAACAUGAUGUAUUGGUAUACCGUGUUUCUGCAUUAUUACUUGUUUUAACUUGAUGUGAUGCUUAUGCAUACGCUUAUAUCGAUAAUAAACUCAUCCUAAAACAUAAUAGCUGUCUGUAUGUUAAUUCCUGAAUGGUUGUAUUUUAGCCAAGAAAACUGGAUAUUUAUAGGAAUCCUUAUGCAAUAUAAAAUAAUUAAUAUUGAGAAGCGCAGAGGAAAAAUUAAACAAACCUGAUAAAUUAAAACUCAUUGCUAGUAUAACAAAGAUGUGACGUGAUUAAUUAUGGUAUUAAAUACAAAUUGUGUUUAAUUUUACUUAUAUGCUUCUCAAAAGUUCAUAUAAUUAUUUUAAAGAACUUUAGUAAGGGUUGAGUGAUAUUAACUGAUGGAUUUUUAAUAACAAUACAAUAUAUUUUAUAUGGAAUGCAAGUGAGAAAAGUAUUGUAUUUUUAGAAUACAUCCGAAUUACACAAUGUCUAAACUAAUACACCAAUAUUUUUAUACAAAUAACCAACUUUAUUUUUCAUAUACAUAGAGAUAUGUAAUUGAUUUUUUUUUGUUAAACAUAUUGUGGUUCCUAUUAAAAAAAAACUAAUUCAUCAGUUUCUAUCAGUUGUAUCAAUUUGGGAAUCAAAUACUUUUUUCUUGACUAUUUGGGACUGUAAAUUGUUAUACUAGGCAGGGUAACUAUUUACCAAUAGAAAAAAUGUUAUAAUAUUUCUACGUUCUAGUAUUAGAAUAAAAUAUGUAACUAAAAGCGCUUAAAUUGACUAUUGUCUAAUAUUUGUUGUUUCUCUAAAUUCAUUAUAUUGUCUGGUGCAAUAUAAUAUGUUUAGUUUUUAUUUAUAAAUAUAUAAAUAAAUUUUUACAGAGUCAGUAUUUGAACCUUGUCAAACACAGUCUUGAAUUGGGAAUAUAUCGUUAUAUUUUAAAUGGAUUGACGACAUUAAGAAAUUUAUAAGUAGUUAAUUAAUAUUAUACGUAAAUCUCUAAAUGUUAAAUUUUGAGUCGGGAUCGUGUUUGGCGCUGACAAGGAAUGAGUAUUUUUUAAUUUCCGAGGCGAAUGAAUGAUAUAAAUAUGUAUAUGUGUGAUUUCCCUAUUAAAUAAAGUAAGCGACAUUGUUACAAGUUACAAAAAGAGUGGAGUGUUUCACAUUAUCUUUUCGUGAUAAUUAUAGUUUUAUUUUCGUAUAUAUUACAGAAUAUAUAGUAUUUUAUUUAAUACCAGAACUUUUUGGUUUUUUAAAUACUCCUGAUUUGUAUUGGAACUCUGAUCAAAAUCCUCUAAAAAUUAAAAACAAAGCAAUAUUAAUUGAUACUAAUUAAAGUAUCGCUAUUAUGUUUAAAUUAUUUGACCAUGUAAAGUGCAAUUUUUAAUCGGAAUUAUUUAAGAAUUGUAUGUUUUCUACUUUAUAUUUAAGUAUUUUGCAUUUUAUAUCAUAUCAUUGUUACUAUAUGUUACAUAUUUAUAAUAUACUUUUAAUAUAACAUUACUGUCGCCAUUUUAUUUAAUUUUUGAUUCUCUCUAAUUAAUUAAACAACUCUCUGUCAUGUCAUAAAACCAUUAUUACAUAAUAUUAGAUGAGACCGCAAAGCAUUAGUUUUUUAAUGCAGUUAGUUAUCAUAAUCAUCAUUUAUACUUUAUUAAAUUAUUUUUAACCCUGCAUAUUUAAUUAUCUUAGGUAAAAUAAUUUAUAAUUUACUAACAGUUUAAUUUGAUCAAUUUCAUUUUUUUAUAACUAAAUAGCUUUUUGUUUACUUAUUUAUUGCCAUUCCAAUUUUUUCAUUAAAUACGCUCAACUGACGGCAUUCCUUUCUCAAUUUUUGUUUUUUCAUUUUGUUCUUAAUUACGAGUUACCGAUGGGUUUCUCGUGAGGCUAACUAGUAAGCGAGACGCACAUGAACUGAUUUAUCAAAAACAUUGCCAAUAUUUUAUGGGAAUUUAUAAAACGACUGAUUAUGUUUGUGUGGUAAAUAUUGGUUAUAUCUUAUUAUAGAUAAAACGUCCUGGCAAAUUUAAUUAGGUACAAUAAAAAUUUUCGUUUUACAACCAAAGAUGCAACACUAAAUUUUUAACCAUAAACCAAAUGUUAUGACAAAAUUGUUUAUAUCAUACCUAAAAUAAAAAAAACAGUCAAACCAUACAAUUGUCUUUUAUUUUUGAGAAGUAAGUAAUGUUAACAUUUAUUGUCUGAUUAUUAUACAUGCAUUCAUUUAAGAUGGCGUCAGGUCAAGUAACAUGUCUUAAAUGUGCUAAAACUGUUAAGUGAAGAACACUUCCC